UCGGCGGAGUUGGACGCAGUUGGAGCUCAAGGCGCUUUUAAAAAGCGCACCUCGCAGCGCAGUUGGAGCAAAGCAGCGCGCAGCGACUCAGAGAAAGGAGCAAAAGUCAGGCUGAAAUGUUUUAGUUCUGAUUGCGACUUCGCAGCUUCCUUGUUUUCUUUUCUUUUUUUUCUUUUUGCCUAAAAAAAUAAAAUGUAACAGUUUAUUAUAGUUUGCUUCCACUUUCAAAUAGAAUUGAUUAAACAGUGAGAAGAGAAAAGCGGCGACACAGUUUCCGGUGAAAAGGAUUUCUUUCUCAAGGAUUUUAUAUUACAAGAGGGAUCAGCUUCAGUUAGAGACAGCAGAAACAGGCAGUGAUUCAAACAGAUGUGCAACCACAUAUGGGGGAAAAAAAGCUGCACCCGUCUUCUGUCAGCUUGCACACCAUUAUUUCCCUCCAUCUUUGAAGCAGAACAUUCAAACGAGAGUAAAUCUGGCUGAAACAGAAGGCUCCAAGCUUGUUUCCAAACUCCUCAUAAAGUUCAUGGGUUGACCUGCAAGCGCUUCCAACACACCUCCUCUGCAUCCUCUGCUCUAACCCUCCUCACUUCCCGCCAUCUCCAUCUGUUUAUGCCACCUCUGACAUGAUGACUUGUUGUGCUUCGGACAUGUCCGGAUGUGUAAUCGCAACGUCACACUCUACAUCUCAGACUUUUGGAUAUAUCAGCCAGUAGAGUGAAAGAUACAGAGAGAGACUGGGGGAGGGACAGGCAUACAGGAGAGGAAGAAGAGCAGCGCUACGUUUUGAGAAGAGGGUCCAUCAGUACCUGCAGCAGAGGGAUCACCUGCCCUACAGAGGAAGGGGGAACCCCACCCCCUUACCUGUUCCAUCUGGUUGCAAGGGGGGGCCUUGCACAGCCUGGAAGGCAGCAGGGACUAUGCAGCUGGGACUGGUGGCGCUGGCAAUGAUCAUUCUCAGCUCCAUGGGUCACAGCGACGUUCUCAAGCUCUCCAAGGCGAGAAGGCAGAGACGAGUUAGCACUGAGGGACCACCAUCCUGCCCCAAAGGCUGUGACAAAUGUUCUGAGUACAAUGGCUGCAUUAAAUGCAAUCCAAAGCUCUUCAUCUUCUUGGAGCGCAAUGACAUCCGUCAGAUAGGGGUUUGCCUCCCCUCCUGUCCGGUGGGUUACUUUGGAAUGAGGAACCCAGAAGGCCACAACCGAUGCACACAGUGUAAAAUAGAAAAUUGUGAAGCAUGUUUCAGUCGCAACUUUUGCACAAAAUGUAAGGAGGGUUUGUAUUCGCACAGUGGCCGAUGUUAUGUCCGCUGCCCUCCAGGCAAGCACACUGCCAAUAACACCAUGGAUUGUGAGGGUCAUCAUGCUUCAGAAUGUGAACUAGGAGAGUGGAGCCAAUGGAGUUCCUGCAUGAAGAAGAACAAGACUUGUGGAUUUAAGAAAGGCUCACAAACCCGGGUUCGUUUACCCCUUCCCCAGAUUCACAGUGUGGAAACCUCCCCUGCAUUUGUGCCCUCACAGACCUGUGCUCCAAGUACAGAAAGGAGGAAGUGUACGGUGACCAAGACGCCUUGUGCAAGAGAGAAAAAGAAUAAGGGCAGCAGACAGGGUGAUACAAACAAGAGGGAACAUGCACGUGGCAGAGGACGAGAAGGAAAAGGAGGAGGUGGAGGUGGGAAGCGAAGGAAAGGCCAGAGCAGGAGCACCACCGCUCCCACCGUCACAACCAGUGCUGUCACCUAAACUCUGAGGCCUGCUGGGUGAGGCCGGGAGAAAAACUGAGGCAGUGCCUCACCCAGCGGAGCCAAAAAACAAAAAAAGAAAUGAAUGCAGAGAGAGAAAGUUACUGCUGCUAUGCUGCAUUGUAGAAGAUGCAAUGAGAACUGGAGGACUGCUUCGACUGAAAGGUCUUUUGAAGCUUUUGGGAAAAAAAAAAGAUAUCCUGAGGAUCUUGUUUUAUUGUAACAGCCUUGCUGUUAUCAAGGUGAAUUUACAGUUGGAAAGCAAAGCAACAUUGCAAAAAUGUGUUUGAUUUUAUCUGUAUCAUGGACAGAGUAUUCAAAAAAUUGGAUAGACAGUAAUUUUCAAAAUGCAGCAGUAAGCAGGAAGGUCAAUUCUUCUACAGAGAUUUAGCAAAGGAUUUUU